UGUGUGGAGGUUCACCUGACAGACACAAAGCCCCCUCCCAACCUGCAGACUAUGAGUAAUGAGACGCUGGUGACCGAGUUUAUCCUGCAGGGUUUCUCAGAGCACCCUGAAUACCGGGUGCUCUUAUUCAGCUGCUUCCUCUCUCUUUACACUGUGGCGCUCACAGGCAAUGUCCUAAUCAUCUUGGCCAUCACCUUCAACCCUGGCCUCCACACUCCCAUGUACUUUUUCCUGUUCAACUUGGCCACCAUGGACGUGAUCUGCACUUCCUCCAUCAUGCCCAAGGUGCUGGCGGAUCUGUUGUCAGAGAGGAGCUCCAUCUCCUAUGGGGGCUGCAUGGCUCAGCUCUACUUCCUCACGUGGUCUGCGUCCUCAGAGCUGCUCCUCCUCACAGUCAUGGCCUAUGACAGGUAUGCAGCCAUCUGCCACCCCCUGCAUUACAACACCAUGAUGAGCAAGACAUGCUGUGGUGUACUGGCCACAGGCGUGUGGGUGCUCUGCGCCUUCAACACGGCCAUCCACACAGGACUGAUGUUGCGAUUGAGUUUCUGUGGCCCCAAUGUCAUCACCCAUUUCUUCUGCGAGGUCCCUCCCCUGCUGCGCCUCUCCUGUAGCUCCACCUAUGUGAACAGUGUCAUGAUUGUCCUGGCUGAUGCCUUUUAUGGUAUGUUGAACUUCCUGAUGACUGUCAUGUCCUAUGGCUCCAUCAUCGCCAGCAUCCUGAAGAUGCGGACCUCGGAGGGGAAGAAGAAAGCUUUCUCCACCUGCUCUUCCCACCUCAUUGUAGUAUGCAUGUAUUAUGCUGCUGUCUUCUAUGCCUACAUAAGUCCUGUCUCCAGCUACAGUGUGGAGAAGAGCAAGGUGGCUGGCGUGCUGUAUACCAUGCUGAGUCCUACCCUCAACCCCCUCAUCUAUUCUCUGAGAAACAAUGAAGUCAAAACAGCUCUCAGGAAGCUUUUCCCAUUCUUCAGAAACUAA